AUGUCUAACAUAAAGGUGCUUCCCAAUGCAUACAAUCCCAACUACCCCCCGCACCAGUUGGUGCGCAUAUUAUCGCGGCUUCCUACCAAGUCGCUCAUCAACCUCGCACAGCUCUGGACCGCUCUACCGCAAACCCAGCCGUCAGUGGACAAAGCGGUCGGAUCGGACGUGUCAACCGCCCAGUUAUGCCAGGAAAUAUCUAUGGAGUUGGACGCCUACAAAGCCGCCCCAAAGCCACCGAAAAAACGCACGGUGGUGGACAAAAUUAUCGCCGAAUACUGGUCUGCGGGCUUGAAUCUUCUACAACUAGCGUCGCUCGAUUGCCAGUUGUUGGUUGACCUGGGAAACGCGUAUUACUGGAGUUAUUCAACGGUGUAUAACUACAAAAGUUACUUGAAAGAAAGCCAGGAUAGGACAUCCACGCAGAUUAUUGCUUUCAACCCGCAACGGUUCUUGGAAUUGCUCAUCGCAAACCUCUCAUCGUUCUACUACAAUCACGUCUAUGUCUGCCGCCAUCCAGAGUUCCCCAUAACCAUCAUCCGGGUCCAGGUGUUUGACCUCCAGGCGAGGGCUACCCGAAAUGCCACACAUAACAGGAAGAGGGCGCCGAAUUUUGCCUCACACAAACCUUUUUUCAUCGUCAUACCUAUCAACACCCCGUAUGUGAUCCACUCCCCGUUCGGGACGGCCUCCGAUUUGGUCUGCUCCAUCAUUGUGCAGUCGUUGGAAACAGCAUUGUCCGACUCCAUGAAGCUUUCCGUAAAGUUGGUGAGUGCCGACCUCAGGAUCCUGCCUCCGGUAAAAUCACUAGAGUCAAUCUUCUUCACCUUGGGCAACUCGCGCUUCAGUUCGUGUCUCGGCAUGUGGAUCCCCUAUGCAGACGACGCCGUAGACAUAAAUCCAUUGGCUGAUUUGUCAUUCCACCAGGCCAAGGUUGCAAGUGAAAGCGUUACUCGCGACGAGCAAAGACUUCAGAUGGCAAAUUUGCGGUUUAAGGGCACAAGGUCCGGGGUUUUACAGUCUGAACAGCUAUUUGACGACAAGACCAAACGCAAGAAACGGCGAACAGAGGAUAGCACGGAUGUGCCGACAGAAACAGAGACCAUCAUGGGUAAGUCCCAAUAUGCGUCGAUCGCACCGGUCCAAAACGUUGAGUUUAAGUUAACAGACCCCCCAUCGAGUGAGAUCAAUGCCAAGCUCAACAUCCGGUUACGAUUAUGCGGCAGUGAUGUUUUCGCAGGCCUCCAUGAGCUUUCAGCGAUGGCCGACGGGCCCGUUGACCCGUUUAGGAUCCCGGCCUGGUUGACCAGUGAGGGUGGGGGGCGGAACGGUACUGUCACAGGCGGUGUGUUUAGAGCAUAUUCUGCCAGAGAUGUAGGUGGGGGGUUAAUCUAG